AUGUCGGCGUUCCUCGCAGUCUUCACUGCCGUCCUCGCCGUCCUCGCCGCCCUCAUCCUCGGAACCCUUCACAAAAGCAGCCGCCGGCGGAGAUCAUUCCCAACAAAACGCAACCCCGUCCUCGGGUUCUUCCAUCCCUACUGCGACGCAGGCGGCGGCGGCGAACGCGUCCUCUGGUCCGCCAUCCGCGCCAUCCAAACCCACCACCCACGCACAACAUGCGUUAUCUACACCUGGUCCAAAGCCGGGCCGCCUUCCCAGAUCCUCGCUAAAGUGCGGUCGCAGUUUGGCGUGAAGGUGGAUGAGGGGAGGGUGGAGUUUGUGCGAUUGGAGACAUGGGGAUGGUUGGCGGCUGAUCGGUAUCGCUUCAUGACGCUCCUAUUGCAAAGCCUCGGAUCGCUGAUAACGGCAUGGGAAGCGUUGCGUUUAUACACGCCUGAUGUUUUCGUGGACACGGUCGGAUUCGCAUUCACCUACCCUCUCGCGAAGCACGUCUUUGGCUGCAAAGUGGUCACGUACGUGCAUUACCCGACCAUAAGUUCCGACAUGCUAGGACGCGUAGCAGCUCGUAAAGCUGGGUAUAACAACUCGGGUGCGGUGGCGAGGAGUUCGGCGUUGACGGGGGCGAAGAUAUGGUACUACCGGCUUGUGGCAUAUCUAUACGGCCACGCCGGCCGAGCCGCAGACGUCGUCAUGGUAAACUCGACAUGGACCCUCAACCACAUCACCACCCUCUGGCGCAUCCCGACCCGCACUUCCAUCGUCUACCCGCCGUGCGACACCGCCGCCUUGAAAUCCUUCUCCCUCGACGAUCGCGAGGAGGUGAUUGUGGCUGUCGCGCAGUUCCGACCAGAAAAGGACCAUACCCUACAACUGGACGCGUUUGCGAGGCUGCUGGACAAGUAUCCCGAACAUCGCGACCGGUUGAAACUCGUGAUGAUCGGGGGCAGCAGGAACGCGGAGGACCGGGGACGGGUGGCGGUGUUGGGUGAGCGGGCCCGGGAGCUGAACAUCGCGGAGCAAGUACAAAUAAUAGAAAACGGCUCCUACACCAUCCUCCUGUCCCACCUCCGCAAAGCCUCGCUGGGCCUGCACACGAUGCGGGAUGAGCAUUUCGGGAUAGGGAUUGUUGAGUAUAUGGCGGCUGGUGUGAUACCCGUAGCGCAUAACUCGGGCGGGCCCAAGUUGGAUAUCGUGACGGAGGUUGAUGGGGAGCCCACAGGCUUUCUAGCAGAAACAGCAGAAGAGUACGCCGACGCGCUGCACCGCGCGCUAAAGUUGUCAGGCGAUGCGCAAAGGGCGAUGCGGAACCGCGCGCGGGCGAGCGUUGUGGAUCGGUUUUCGGAGGAGGUGUUUGCGCGGGGGUUUGUGGAGGCUUUGGGGCCUUUGUUGGCGGGUGGCGGCGAUAAGAGGGAGGAUUGA